GGCCAUAAAAGGCCCGUCGCAUGUCUAGUUGCUUCACUGCUCUGACCGCGUCCUCCCCAGGCUGAGGUGUCCUCGGGUUUCAUGUGGAUUUGUCCAGUAAUGGAUGGCUUCACCGGGGCCAGGUUGGGGAAUUUCGGCCUCAAGGACACCAGGGGACGGAAAACUUCAAAAAGAAGACUCUUUUUAUUAAUAUUUUGGCGUUCUUUUUGGAGAGGAACUUUUGGGAUGUAGCCUUCACCUAUUUCCUAAAUUUGACAUCCAAAAAGGCUUUUGGAAAACACCAUUCUAAAUUUAUCCUGUUCUGAAUCAUCAUCGCUUCUGAUAGAUGCAAUUGUCUGUUGAUAUCGUGAUCUUUGAUUUUGUACGCUAUUUGGGCUAACUUUUGAGAUUGUACUUUGUGCUUAGAAUUUGAAAGUAGUAUUCAUUGGAAAGAGACUCCAAGAAAAUACUCGAAGACAUCCAAAGCUGGAUUCGAGGAUAUAACGUGUUUUUUUGUUGUUGUUGUGUUUUCUUAAUUAGAAAAAUAAGGAAUUGCAGUGUGAUUUUCUUUCCCCCUUUAACGUAGAGGAACGAAGAUUAUACAGAAAUUCAAAAUUUCAACAAGAAAAACUUAAGCUUCGUUGGAUUCCCACGUCAAAGAAAAGUUUCAAGCUUUCAGAAAGAGUUGUCACUCGAAGAUCAAGAACAGCUUCCUAACCACAAAAGAGGAAUUGAUGCUAAGCUUUCAGCUGCGCUUCCGAAAGUUGCAGAAUUAAGACAAAUCUUUGAACCAAAGAAAAAAGAAUUCUUAGAAAUGAAAAGAAAAGAAAGAAUUGCCAGGCGCCUGGAAGGAAUUGAAAAUGACACCCAGCCCAUCCUCUUGCAGAGCUGCACAGGGUUAGUAACUCACCGCCUGCUGGAGGAAGACACCCCUCGAUACAUGCGAGCCAGCGACCCUGCCAGCCCCCACAUCGGCCGAUCAAAUGAAGAGGAAGAAACUUCUGAUUCUCCUCUAGAAAAGCAAGCUCGAUCUAAAUACUGCACAGAAACCUCCGGCGUCCACAGUGACUCACCCUAUGGUUCCAGUACCAUGGACACCCACAGUCUGGAGUCCAAAGCGGAAAGAAUCGCAAGGUACAAAGCAGAAAGAAGACGACAGCUGGCAGAGAAAUACGGACUGACUCUGGAUCCCGAAGCCGACUCAGAGUAUGUAUCCCGCUAUCCCAAGUCCAGGAAGGAGCCUGAUGCUGUCGAGAAGCGGGGAGGAAAGAGUGAAAGACAGGAGGAGUCAAGCAGGGAUGUGAGUUCUCCAUACCCCGGGACAGAGACGAUGGGGCUCAGGACCUGUGCAGGUGAAUCCAAGGACUAUACCCUCCACGGGGGUGACAGCGCUUCCGACCAGGAGGUGCUGCUGAACAUAGAAAACCAAAGACAAGAUCAAGAGCUGAGUGCCACCCGGCAGGACCACGACCUGCCCCCAGCCGCCGAGAGUUCCUUGACCUUCUCUUUCUCUGGGCGAGAAUCCUCCUUCACGGAAGUGCCACGGUCUCCAAAGCACGCGCACAGCUCCUCCCUGCAGCAGGCAGCCUCCCGGAGCCCCUCCUUUGGUGACCCACAGCUACCCCCUGAGGCCCGAUCCAGUACAGGGAAACCCAAACAUGAGUGGUUUCUCCAGAAAGAUUCCGAAGGGGACACACCUUCACUUAUCAACUGGCCUUCCAGAGUUAAAGUUAGAGAAAAAUUGGUGAAAGAGGAAAGUGCUCGAAGCAGCCCUGAACUCGCCUCAGAGUCCGUAACUCAGAGGAGACACCGGCCCGCGCCCGUCCAUUGCCUGCCGUUUCAGUCCGAGCACUCGGCCUUUGAUAGGGUCCCCAGCAAGGCAGCAGGCUCUGCACGACAGCCAAUCGGUGGCUACGUGCAACCCGCAGAUCCCGGCCACACCGCCAAGCUGGUGAUGGCAGCACCCCUAGAACAUGUAUCUGAGUGCAGCUGGGUACCGUCAGCCACCCAGAAUGUCCCCAAACCUCCCACCUUGAAGGUUCUAGAAGGUGAGAGAAGAGAGAGCCCAGUUCUCCAUAUCUGUGAAUCAAAAGCAGAACAAGAAGAGGAAGGAGAAGAAAAAGCAGAAGAAGAAGAUGUGCUCUUCGCUGAAGCUCUCGAGCAAAGCAAGAAAACCCCACUGGCUUUGGAGGGUGAUGAGCUUGCGAGAAGCCUGGAAGAUCCCUCUGGAAUCGAGGAUUUUGGUGAGCCUGCUGUGAGCACGGUCACCUUAGAGCAUCAGAAGGAACUGGAAGGCAUGGCGCACCCACCUCAAGCUCAGCACCAGCCCGCUGAGAGGACAGGCAGGAGCGAGAUGGUUCUCUACGUUCAAAGUGAGCCCGUGUCCCAAGACGCCAAACCAUCCGGUCACAACAAGGAAGCCUUGACGAAAAAGCGUAAGGUCCGCACCCGCUCCCUGUCAGAUUUCACGGGCCCCCCUCAGCUCCAGGCCUGGAAGUGGAAGGACCCAGCUUCCAGGAGAGAGCCGGAGCUGCCCAGCCCCAAGGCUGAAGGGCCCUAUGGGGAGUUUGGCGUGCUGGACACAAAGGUCUCUGUCGCCCAGCUCCGAAGUAUGUUCCUGGCAUCUGCCAACGCCAGCAGGACACCUGAACUCAAAUCACGGGUGGAGAGGUCAGCCGAAGGACCUGGCUUGCCCACCAGUGUGGACCCGGAGAGAGGGUCCCGGAAACCAAGACGCUAUUUUUCUCCUGGUGAAAGUAGAAAAACUUCCGAGAGAUUUAGAACCCAACCUGUAACUUCAGCAGAACGAAAGGAAUCGGAUAGGUGCACUUCACAGUCAGAAACGCCAACUAUUGACGAUGAAGAAAAAGUAGAUGAACGAGCCAAGCUGAGCGUUGCCGCCAAGAGGCUGCUUUUCAGGGAGAUGGAAAAAUCUUUUGAUGAACAAAAUGUUCCAAAGCGACGCUCAAGAAAUGCGGCUGUGGAGCAGAGGCUCCGCCGUCUGCAGGACAGAUCCCUCACGCAGCCCAUCACCACGGAGGAGGUAGUCAUCGCGGCCACUGAACCUAUCCCUGCUUCGUGUUCUGAUCGCACCCACCCUGUAAUGGCGAGAAUUCCUAGCCCCACUGUAGCUAGGACUGCUGUGCAGCCUGCCAGAUUACAGGCCUCUGCUCACCAAAAGGCUUCAGCCAAAGACCAGACAAAUGAGGGCAAAGAGCUGGCUGAGCAGGGAGAACCUGAUUCCUCCACUCUAAGCUUAGCCGAGAAGUUGGCCUUGUUUAACAAAUUGUCCCAGCCAGUCUCAAAAGCGAUUUCUACCCGGAACAGAAUAGAUAUGAGACAGAGGAGAAUGAACUCUCGCUAUCAAACUCAGCCAGUCACGCUGGGAGAGGUGGCGCAGGUGCAGAGUGGAAAGCUUAUUCCUUUCUCACCUGCUGUGAACACAUCGGUGUCUACUGUAGCAUCCACGGUUGCCCCAAUGUAUGCCGGGGAUCUUCGCACAAAGCCACCUCUUGAUGACAAUGCAAGUGCUACUGACUAUAAGUUUUCAUCUUCGAUGGAAAAUUCAGACUCUCCAGUUAGAAGCAUUCUAAAAUCGCCAGCUUGGCAGCCCUUGGUAGAGAGUAGCGGGAACAAGGGAAUGUUGAGAGAAUAUGGAGAGACGGAAAGCAAGAGAGCUUCCACAGGGCGAGACAGCGGGAUGGAGAAGUAUGCGUCCUUUGAGGAAGAAGCAUCCUACCCCAUCCUGAACAGAGCCAGGGAAGGAGACAGCCAUAAGGAACCUCAAUAUGCCAUCCCCAGGAAAGGAAGCCUGGAAUGGGUGAAUCCUCCCAUCACUCACCUUGGGGAUGAACCAAAGGAAUUUUCCGUGGCUAAAACAAGUGCACAAGGAAACUUGGACUUGAGAGACAGGCCGCCCUUUGAAGAGAAGGUGGAGGUGGAGAAUGUUAUGAAAAGGAAGUUUUCACUGAGAGCGGCAGAGUUCGGGGAGCCGGCUUCCGAGCAGACGGGGGCAGCUGCGGGGACAACUGUGGCCCAGCCCGCGGCCCCCGCGUCCUGGAAGCCCCAGGAUUCUUCGGAGCAGCCACAGGAGAGGCUCUGCAAGAAUCCGUGUGCCAUGUUCGCUGCCGGAGAGAUCAAGACGCCGACGGGGGAGGGCCUUGCCGACUCACCCAGCAAAACCAUGUCUAUUAAAGAAAGAUUGGCACUGUUGAAGAAGAGCGGGGAGGAAGACUGGAGAAACAGACUCAGCAGGAGGCAGGAGGGCGGGAAGGCGCCGGCCAGCAGCCUGCACACCCAGGAAGCGGGGCGGUCCCUCAUCAAGAAGCGGGUCACAGAAAGUCGAGAGAGCCAAAUGACGAUUGAGGAGAGGAAGCAGCUCAUCACUGUGAGGGAGGAGGCCUGGAAGACGAGAGGCAGAGGAGCGGCCAACGACUCCACCCAGUUCACUGUGGCUGGCAGGAUGGUGAAGAAAGGUUUGGCGUCACCCACUGCCAUAACCCCAGUGGCCUCACCCAUUUGCAGUAAAACAAGAGGCACCACACCCGUUUCCAAACCCCUGGAAGAUAUCGAAGCCAGACCAGAUAUGCAGUUAGAAUCAGACCUGAAGUUGGACAGGCUGGAAACCUUUCUAAGAAGGCUGAAUAACAAAGUUGGCGGGAUGCAAGAAACGGUGCUCACCGUCACCGGCAAAUCUGUGAAGGAGGUGAUGAAGCCGGAUGAUGACGAAACCUUUGCCAAAUUUUACCGCAGCGUGGACUAUAAUGUGCCGAGAAGCCCUGUGGAGCUGGACGAGGACUUCGAUGUCAUUUUCGAUCCCUAUGCACCCAAAUUGACGUCUUCUGUGGCCGAGCACAAGCGGGCAGUCAGGCCCAAGCGCCGGGUUCAGGCCUCCAAAAACCCCCUGAAAAUGCUGGCGGCCAGAGAAGAUCUACUUCAGGAAUACACCGAGCAGAGACUAAACAUUGCCUUCAUGGAGUCAAAGCGGAUGAAAGUAGAAAAGACCCGUCCAGUGUCUUCCAACUCCACCUUCUCAGAAGUCACCCUGGCCGGUUUAGCCAGUAAAGAAAACUUCAGCAGCGUCAGCCUGCGGAGCGUGAACCUGACGGAACAGAACUCUAACAACAGCGCCGUGCCCUACAAGAGGCUGAUGCUCCUGCAGAUUAAAGGAAGAAGACACGUGCAAACCAGGCUGGUGGAGCCUCGGGCCUCAGCACUCAACAGCGGGGACUGCUUCCUCCUGCUCUCUCCCCACUGCUGCUUCCUGUGGGUAGGAGAGUUUGCAAACGUCAUAGAGAAGGCGAAGGCCUCAGAACUUGCAGCUUUAAUUCAGACAAAGAGGGAACUUGGUUGUAGAGCUACUUAUAUCCAAACCAUUGAAGAAGGAAUUAAUACACACACUCAUGCAGCCAAAGACUUCUGGAAGCUUCUGGGUGGCCAAACCAGUUACCAGUCUGCUGGAGACCCAAAAGAAGAUGAACUCUAUGAAGCAGCCAUAAUAGAAACGAACUGCAUUUACCGCCUCAUGGAUGACAAACUCGUGCCUGAUGACGACUACUGGGGGAAAAUUCCAAAGUGUUCCCUUCUGCAGCCCAAAGAGGUGCUGGUGUUUGAUUUUGGUAGUGAAGUUUACGUGUGGCACGGGAAAGAAGUCACGUUAGCACAACGAAAAAUAGCAUUUCAGCUGGCAAAGCACUUAUGGAAUGGAACGUUUGACUAUGAGAACUGUGACAUCAACCCACUGGAUCCUGGAGAAUGCAAUCCGCUCAUCCCCAGAAAAGGACAGGGGCGGCCCGAGUGGGCGAUAUUUGGGAGACUUACUGAACACAAUGAGACGAUUUUGUUCAAAGAGAAGUUUCUGGAUUGGACAGAACUGAAGCGACCGCAGGAGAAGAACCCCGGGGAGCCUGCCCAGCACAAGGAAGACCCCAGGGCCGAUGUCAAGCCGUAUGACGUGACGCGGAUGGUGUCCAUGCCCCAGACGACAGCGGGCACCAUCCUGGACGGGGUGAACGUCGGCCGCGGCUAUGGCCUGGUGGAAGGGCACGACAGGAGGCAGUUUGAGAUCACCAGUGUCUCUGUGGAUGUCUGGCACAUCCUGGAAUUCGACUACAGCAGGCUCCCCAAACAGAGCAUCGGGCAGUUCCACGAAGGGGACACCUAUGUGGUCAAGUGGAAGUUCAUGGUGAGCACGGCAGUGGGAAGUCGCCAGAAGGGAGAGCACUCGGUGAGGGCGGCCGGCAAAGAGAAGUGCGUCUACUUCUUCUGGCAAGGCCGGCACUCGACAGUGAGUGAGAAGGGCACAUCGGCGCUGAUGACGGUGGAGCUGGAUGAGGAAAGGGGGGCCCAGGUCCAGGUUCUCCAGGGAAAGGAGCCGCCCUGUUUCCUGCAGUGUUUCCAAGGGGGGAUGGUGGUGCACUCUGGGAGGCGGGAAGAGGAAGAAGAGAAUGUGCAAAGUGAGUGGCGGCUGUACUGCGUGCGUGGAGAGGUGCCCAUGGAAGGGAAUUUGCUGGAAGUGGCCUGUCACUGUAGCAGCCUGAGGUCCAGGACUUCCAUGGUGGUGCUCAACAUCAACAAGGCCCUCAUCUACCUGUGGCACGGAUGCAAAGCCCAGGCCCACACGAAGGAGGUUGGAAGGACCGCUGCAAACAAGAUCAAGGAACAAUGCCCCCUGGAAGCAGGACUGCAUAGUAGCAGCAAAGUGACCAUACACGAGUGUGACGAAGGCUCCGAGCCCCUGGGAUUCUGGGAUGCCUUAGGAAGGAGGGACAGGAAAGCCUAUGAUUGCAUGCUUCAAGAUCCUGGAAGUUUUAACUUCGCACCUCGCCUGUUCAUCCUCAGCAGCUCCUCUGGGGAUUUCGUAGCCACUGAGUUCGUGUACCCUGCCCGAGCCCCCUCUGUGGUCAGUUCCAUGCCCUUCCUGCAGGAAGAUCUGUACAGCGCACCCCAACCAGCACUUUUCCUUGUUGACAAUCACCACGAGGUGUACCUCUGGCAAGGCUGGUGGCCCAUCGAGAACAAGAUCCCUGGUUCUGCCCGCAUCCGCUGGGCCUCCGACCGGAAGAGCGCGAUGGAGACCGUACUCCAGUACUGCAAAGGAAAAAAUCUCAAGAAGCCGCCCCCCAAGUCUUACCUUAUCCAUGCUGGUCUGGAGCCUCUGACAUUCACCAAUAUGUUUCCCUGCUGGGAGCACAGAGAGGACAUUGCUGAAAUCACAGAGAUGGACACGGAAGUUUCCAAUCAGAUCACCCUUGUGGAAGACGUCUUAGCCAAGCUCUGUAAAACCAUUUACCCGCUGGCCGACCUCCUGGCCAGGCCGCUCCCGGAGGGGGUCGAUCCUCUGAAGCUUGAGAUCUAUCUCACCGAUGAAGACUUCGAGUUUGCACUAGACAUGACACGAGAUGAAUACCACGCUCUGCCCGCCUGGAAGCAGGUGAACCUGAAAAAAGCAAAAGGCCUGUUUUGAGUGGGGAGACGCGGAGGAGCCUCGAGGUCAUAUCCAAUACCUCCACCCCAGGGAAAUGGAUAUAGAGUUUUGGACUGGUGUUUUUCACAAAGUAGUUUUCAAUCAGUUUUCGGAACCUGACAUUGUUAAAGAUACUGCUUGUCCCAGAGUUGUGUAUUUUGUAAAUGUUCAAGUACACUGUUUGGAAACUUCUUUCCACCAUUCAGCAGGUUAUCAGAAUUAAUCAAAGUAUUGUUACGUGCACUUAAGCCGCAGCUGCUGUAGACAGCACUGCCUUGUUCCAGCUAGACAAUGCCUUUUUUUUUUUUUGAAGCAGUUCUCUUUAUAAAGUGUUAUUUUGAUAGUUUGUGGAUUCUAAAAUAUAUAUAUAUAUAUUUAUAUAAACACCAUAUAAGUCAAAUAUGUAUUUAGCAAAGCAAUACGUAUUCAUUCACUUUCUAGAUUUGUUUUGGUGUCAAAAUAAUAUGAAAAGGUAGUUGGAGUUGCUUCUGUGGAAUGAGCUCUGCCACCAAUACGUAUCUUCACACAUGUUUGGAAACAUUUCCUGCAGCGUUAGGUAUGACUUGUUCUGAGUACUGCUUCCGGUGCUAAAAUGAACAAAGAAUUUCUACAUAAUGGCCUGGACUCUGGAGAAUCUAUGCGAAUCAACCUUUCUACCUUAAUAUCUCCCCAAAAAUGUAUAGUGCCUUGUUUUUAUGUACAGUUUAUAUACAGAAAAGUUUGCUCUGCAUUUUUGAUGAUGGUUUGGAACAUUAUCUACAAUUUUCUUCUCAAAUAGUCAAAAUAAAAACAUCUCAAUUUCUAAUACCUGUUGUAAACAUUACACAUGUCAUUUUGUGAUACGGGACUCCCAAAUAAAAGCAUCAGAAUAAACACAACAAUUAACUGAUUGGUUCA